AUGUUGUGCACAACUGAUGAUGAUGAUUCGGAUGAUGAUGAUGAUGAUGAUGAUGAUGAUGAUGAUGAUGAUGAUGAUGAUGAUGAUGAUUCGGAUGAUGAUGAUGAUGAUGAUGAUGAUGAUGAUGAUGAUGAUGAUGAUGAUGAUGAUGAUGAUGAUGAUUCGGAUGAUGAUGAUGAUGAUGAUGAUGAUGAUGAUGAUGAUGAUGAUGAUGAUGAUGAUUCGGAUGAUGAUGAUGAUGAUGAUGAUGAUGAUGAUGAUGAUGAUGAUGGGAUGAUGAUUCGGAUGAUGAUGAUGAUGAUGAUGAUUCGGUUAAUGAUGAUGAUUCGGAUGAUGAUUCGGAUGAUGAUGAUGAUGAUGAUGAUGAUGAUGAUGAGAUGA